GUCGUCAAUCUCCCGGAGGCGGCAACCGCUCCGCCUCGGCCCUUCCCGGUUGGCGCGGCGAGCUGCUCCUCGGUUUUCUGGCGACCAUGGGGGACCCCAGCAAGCAGGACAUCCUGACCAUCUUUAAGCGCCUCCGCUCGGUGCCCACCAACAAGGUGUGUUUUGAUUGUGGUGCCAAAAACCCCAGCUGGGCGAGCGUAACCUACGGGGUGUUUCUUUGCAUCGAUUGCUCAGGAUCACACCGGUCGCUGGGUGUUCACUUGAGUUUUAUUCGGUCUACAGAGUUGGAUUCCAACUGGUCUUGGUUUCAGUUGCGCUGCAUGCAAGUUGGAGGAAAUGCUAAUGCGUCUUCCUUCUUCCAUCAGCACGGGUGUGCCACCAACGACAGCAAUGCCAAGUACAACAGUCGCGCUGCCCAGCUCUAUAGGGAGAGAAUCAGGUCCCUCGCCUCCCAGGCCACGCGCAAGCACGGCACCGAUCUGUGGCUUGAUAGCUGUGUGGUUCCGCCUGCAUCCCCUCCACCAAAGGAGGAAGAUUUCUUUGCCUCUCAUGCUUCUCCUGAGGUGAGUGGCCCAGGGUGGGCGUCAGCACAACCAGAACCAUCCUCUUUAGCAUCAAGGAAUGUGGAAACCACUCCAGCAAAUCAUCAAGGUGGACAAGAACAAGGACCAAGUGUGGAUGGUCUUAAUGCGCCGACCAAGGCUGCUUUAGAGGUUUCCUCUAUCAUAAAAAAGAAACCCAGUCAAGCUAAAAAAGGGCUUGGGGCCAAAAAGGGAAGCUUGGGAGCCCAGAGACUGUCAAAUACGUGCUUUAAUGAAAUUGAAAAACAAGCCCAAGCUGUGGAUAAAAUGAAGGAAACGGAAGACGUUCUGGCCAGGGCGGCGCCUAACGAAGAAUCAAUUGUUUCAUCAUUACGAUUAGCCUAUAAGGAUCUUGAAAUUCAAAUGAAGAAAGACGAAAAGGUGAACGUGAGCGGCAAGAAAAAGGUGGACUCGGAGAGGCUCGGCAUGGGCUUCGGGAGCGGCCGGAGUGGUAUUUCACAUUCAGUGACUUCAGAUAUGCAGACCAUUGAACAGGAAACGCCAAUCAUAGCAAAACCAAGAACGAAGUAUAAUGAUGACAAUGAUGAUUCCUACUUUACUUCCAGCUCGAGGUACUUUGACGAGCCGAUGGAGUUGAAGAGCAGUUCUUUUCCUAGCUGGGAUGACAAUUCAAGUUCCUAUUGGAAAAAAGAGACCAUCAAAGAUGCGGACACAAUUCUGAAAAGCACAGGCUAUUCAGACAGACCCACUGCUCGCCGCAAGCCAGACUAUGAGCCAGCUGAAAAUACAGAUGAGGCCCAGAAGAAGUUUGGCAACAUCAAGGCCAUUUCAUCAGAUAUGUACUUUGGAAGACAAGCCCAAGCUGAUUAUGAAACCAGGGCGCGGCUGGAGAGGCUCUCGGCCAGCUCCUCCAUCAGCUCGGCUGAUCUGUUCGACGAGCAGAGGAAGCAGACAGCAGGGAACUACAACCUGGCGAGCGUGCUGCCCACCGCGCCCGACAUGGCCCAGCUGAAGCAGGGCGUGCGCUCCGUGGCCGGGAAGCUCUCCGUCUUCGCCAACGGGGUCAUGACUUCCAUUCAGGAUCGCUAUGGUUCUUAAUACUGAUGUCUGGGCUCUGUUUCCUGGAGAAAUUCCUCUUUAAACGACCCAGUGACCACAACGCAGACUGCAGUGAAGACCAGCCCACAUUGCAGAUCGUUUUGCUACUUUUUCACAUGGUGUAUGUACAUUACUGAUUUUUAAUAUUUCUUUUGAGAAAUUCUUAUUUUUAAUGUAGUGGAAGCUGUAUUGUCAUUUCUGGUGUCACUUCCUGCACGUGUCCUCCUUUUGGCAUGUCCUUGCUUUAUUUCCUGAGAAUCUUUAGUCCCUCCAGGGGCCUGGGGACAGGGCUCCCCCGCCUGCCAUGGGCCACGAGCCUUCACGUGGGGGUCUUGGUGCUGUGUGGCUCACGGGCUGAGGGCUGCCAGAAGCAGCCGGUGCUCGCUGGGCCUGGAGAAACAAAGCUCACAGCGCAUGUUUCAUUAAAAAGCAGCAAAGAAUAAAAACAAGCGACUGAACGUGACUGGCGUCUAAUUUGACAGGCUGCAUCGCUUGUAUUUCCAUAUGUUAAGGUGAUUGCAAAAUAAUGUUUCAAGUCGUCUGUCCCUUUGUAAAUUGUUUAUCUUAUAUGAUUUAUACAUUUCAAAAUAAUUUCCAGUGAGUGCUUUUAACAAACCUAAGCUUCUGCAUCACCGGGGGGAUUAAUCUUUUGACGGGUAUUGCUGUUUGAAUUUAUGAGAAAUGUAAGAGAACUCCCUAAGUGCAUUUAUUAAUCGAUCUAGUGUACAGAAUUAAAAAUGAAUAAGGUGAGAAGAUGCACCAUGGAAAACACCUCAGUAUUUGGGAAAACAGUAGUUGUAAUUGGGUAGUUUUGUAAUAUUUUUUUAUCUUAAUCUUGGUUUUCAAAAAAUUAUAGAAUGUGUAUAAAUGAAUAAAGAAAAAUAAUUUGGCUGUGUUUUAGACAGCAUUAGAAUAUAUUGUUCACAGUAAAAUAUAUGUGAAAUUUGAUGAACCAGAAAUGUGGUUUCAACUGCAUAUUUUGUGAAUCUUUCUUAAAAGCUUAAUUUGUAGACAUGAAUAUAAUAAAAGCUGCGGCAGACGGUG